AUGGAUUACAAAAAUCGUGAGCCGACAAAAUGGAACUCGGAUACAACUUACGCAUUAGGACCUUACAAACUUUUAACGAGGUCUAUUGGAAUAUGGCCACUUGAUCAUUUUGGAAAAGUCAUUAUCCUGCAAGUUUUCCUAAAUUCUUUUAUACAGUGUUUAGUUAUAAUAAUCUUCAUUGACGACCUAAUUACAAAAGGAAACUGUGGUCUUAUUACUGACACAGUAGAUGCACUCAGCUUAAUUGCGACUAGUAUACUGUCGGUCUGUAAGAUAAUUUUACCUUUGGUCUACAAAAAAAGAAUGUACUUCAUUGUAAACUCAGCAAUUGAAGACUGGGCCAACGUUCGUGAUAAAAAAUCAAAAACAAUAAUGUUAAAAUAUGCCUUUGCAGGAAGAAUCGUUUUUAUCAUCCAGAUGAUCGGCGCUUACAUGACAAUAGUACCUCUUAUUUUUGGUAAUCCUCCAACGAUUCAUAAGUUUUCUUCAGAUCCUUUAAGCGAUAAUGCUACAAUGUUAAGAAACAUUCCAAUUGGUCCUAAUUGCUGGGUUUCGACAAGCAUAUCAAUGUCUAUUUACUUCGCUUAUUAUGGUCUUGUUACAGUACACUUAGUUAUCUUAUGCACCGCAUAUAUCGGCGGUGAUGUGUAUAUAUUCGGUAUUGCCAUGCACGUUUGUGGGCAAUUCAAACUUCUUUAUACUGACAUGGAAAGUCUUGAUGGAAAAAAAAAUUUUUUCAGCCUACGAAAACAAAUUAAUCAACUGUCGCAGAGACAUACUUACUUGAUAAAGUUAGCUAAUGAAUUUGAAAGAACGUUCAAUCUUAUAAUUUUACUACAGGUUGCUGCAAAUACUUUUAUUAUUGGUAUAUCAGGUAUUCUCUUGCUAUGGGGUCUCAAAACUGGAAAUAGUGAGAUAAUAAUCGCUGCUCUUAUCCGAAUUUAUCUAUUAUUUUUUCAACUUUAUAUCUAUAGCUUCAUUGGUGAAUCAUUGUCCACACAAACCAGAAACUUACAAUUAGCAAUUUAUAAUUGCAAAUGGUAUGAAAUGUCACCAAUAUUAGCAAAAGAUUUGUUAUUUAUAAUAAUGAGAACCAAUUAUCCGUUUCAUUUAACAGCAGGAAAAAUUUGUAAUAUGAAUAUUUCAAGUUUCAAAGACCUUGUCAAAAUGAUGUUUUCAUAUUUUUCCAUUAUUAGAUUAAUGUUCGAAGAG